CUUGCCCCAGGCCCUACAGCCAAGGACGGAAGACACUCCUCAGGGGGGGCUGGUCCUCAAACAAAACCGCCUCCUCUUAAACAGCUGCCUGUCUGAGGCUGGCCCCCCACCCCUCUUCCUCCCUCUCCUCUCAUGCCGAGUCGCCCUUUGGGGUUCUGGAGCUGAGCACUAUGGGGACUCCCAACGAUCAGGCAGUGUUGCAAGCCAUCUUCAACCCUGAUACCCCGUUUGGAGACCUUGUUGGGUUGGGCCUGGGAGAGGAAGCAGAGAAGGAAGAAGCAGAUGAAGACGGAGUUUUCCCUCAAGCACAGUUGGAGCAAUCCAAGGCCCUGGAGCUGCAGGGAGUGGUGGCAGCAGAGGCUGGGGACCUCAACACCGCCCUGGAGAGAUUCGGCCAAGCCAUCUGCCUGCUGCCUGAGAGGGCCUCGGCCUACAACAACCGAGCCCAGGCUCGGCGGCUCCAAGGAGAUGUGGCAGGUGCCCUGGAUGACCUGGAGCGCGCUCUGGCGCUGAGCGGCGGGCGGGGCCGCGCCGCCCGCCAGGGCUUCGUGCAGCGCGGGCUCCUGGCGCGGCUGCAGGGCCGGGACGACGACGCCCGCAGGGACUUCGAGCAGGCGGCGCGGCUGGGCAGCUCCCGGGCCCGCAGGGUGGGAGGGGGCCUGGACCAAUAAAGCUGCUCGGUGCACCA